CCCCCGGGACCCCGAGCAGCAGCGAGGCAUCCGCCACCGGCCGGCCCCUCCCAUGGAGAAGAUCUCCGUCGCCGUCCGCUUCCGCCCGCCCGCCCCCGCGGCCGCCGAUCCCUCCUCGGCCGUCGCCGGCGGGAGCGGCGACCGCGAGUGGCGCAUCGACGACACCCGCGCCUCCCUCCUCCACCGCGCCGCCGGCCCCGUCCCCGGCGCGACCUUCGCCUUCGACCACGUGUUCGACGGGGCGGCGACCAACGCGCGGGUCUACGGCGCGCUCGUCAGGGACCUCAUACGCGCCGCCGUCGACGGGUUCAAUGGCACUGCCUUCGCCUACGGCCAGACCAGCAGCGGGAAAACCUUCACCAUGAACGGCUGCGACGCCGAUCCCGGCAUCAUCCCGCGCGCCGUCCGCGACGUCUUCGACAUCGCGCGCCAGGCCGACGACCGCGAGUUCCUCAUCAGGGUGUCCUACAUGGAGAUCUACAACGAGGAGAUUAAUGACCUCUUGACGCUUGGGGGGCAGAAGCUGCGGAUCCACGAGAGCUUGGAGCGUGGAGUGUAUGUAGCCGGUUUGCGGGAGGAGAUUGUGAACAGCGCAGAGCAAGUGUUUGAGCUCCUCCAGCUUGGAGAAGCAAAUAGGCAUUUUGGAGAGACUAACAUGAAUGUUCGGAGCAGUCGGUCCCAUACUAUUUUUAGAAUGGUAAUUGAAAGCAGCGCUAAGAACCAGAUGGACUCUGGGGAUGCUAUUCGUGUGUCUGUCUUGAAUUUGGUGGACUUAGCUGGGUCAGAAAGAAUCAUCAAGACAGGGGCUGAAGGGGUGCGUUUGAAUGAGGGCAAGUAUAUUAACAAGAGCUUGAUGAUUCUUGGCAAUGUCAUCAAUAAGUUAAGUGAGAAUGGAAAGCAAAGAGGGCACAUCCCCUAUCGUGAUAGUAAGUUGACUCGCAUUCUCCAACCUGCACUUGGAGGCAAUGCAAAAACAUCAAUCAUCUGCACUGCUGCUCCUGAAGAGAUUCACAUUGAGGAAACUAGAGGAACUCUUCAAUUUGCAAGUAGAGCAAAAUGUGUCAGCAAUUGUGCCCAAGUAAAUGAGAUUCUAACAGAUGCUGCUCUGCUGAAGAGGCAAAAAAUGGAAAUAGAAGAACUUCGUAAAAAGCUGCAAGGUUCCCAUUCUGAAGUGUUGGAGCAAGUCGUACUAAAGCUACGCAAUGACAUGCACAAGUCUGAACUUGAGCGUGAUCGACUGGCAAUGGAACUUGGGGAGGAAAGGAAGCUACGGGUGGCUCUAGAGGACCGUUUGGCCGAGCAACAGAAGAAGCUAGAGGACCCCAACAGUACCAGCACAUCAGCAGACCAGUUUACUGAUUCAACCCAGCUUGAUGCAUUGAAAACUCCAGAUUCAAAGUAUACUCCAGAUGGAUUUGUUGCCUCUCGCUUACGCUACUCAAAUGAUGUUGAGUUCAGCCCAAUACCUGAAAAUUUGGAUAAUAUUGCUGAUGAAGAUCUAUGGACGCGUCUGAACAAAGGUUGCAUUACUGAUCUUGACAUGCUUCAGAUGACACCUGGUCUGAAACGUGAGGUAUCCUUGCUACAAGAUACACCAUCCGCUGCGCCAUUGGAGGAACCUACUGACGCAAGAUGCCAGAGGUCAGAAAAUGAAUGCAUCUCUGAUCGGCAGCAGCUCGAGGAUUCAAAGGCGAGAUGCACAGCACUCGAGAAGGAACGCGACCUGCUCAGAGAUGAAAACUCAUCCUUGCGACAUGAGCUCUCCAAGUCCAAGCAGGAUGCGGACCAUCUCAUCGUCCAGAAGCAGGAGCAGCUCGAGGACUCGAGGGCGAGAUGCGCGGCGCUCGAGAAGGAACUCUCCAGGUCCAGGCAGGAGGCCGACCGUCUCGCCGCCGAGAAGCAGGAGCUGGUCAGGGAGCUGGGCGCGGAGAAGCAGAAGAUGGAGGAGCUCAAGCAGGACAUCAGGGUCAUCAACCGGGCGUUCUCGCAGCGUGAAGGGCAGCUCACGUCCCUGUACACCAAGUCCAAGGCCAUCCUCGAGAACUGCAAGGCCUCUCAGUUCGCUACUCUGCCUUGACAGUUGAGGCGCGUGCACAGCUGCUGGGUAAGAAACUAAGAACCAAGAAGUCUCUGCACCUCUGCAACCCUGCUUGCUUGCAGAUCUUGUGUGGUUUGUGAUGCAUGUGUACGCUCGUUAGACGUGUGCUGGUUUUGUACUGUGUUAAGAGUUCAGUUGUAUAAUAUUAAAAAGUGUGUGCACGCUGGCGUAAAUCAGAAGAAAACAUCAGCUGCGUUUGUCAUUAGCGUUCUGUUAGCGUCAAUUGUGUUUGACCUGUGAACCUGCUAAGUAGGACAUAAACCAGUAUGGGAUUGCCACGAGUGUAAGAUACAUUUUACAGUACUCCCU